GGAGGGCAGAGAAGGAGCCCGGCCGCCAUUUUUCCCCGAACAGAAUUUAGCAGCAGCAAAACAGCAGCAGCAGCGCCACCUCCGCGGCUGCUGCGGCUGCCUGCCGUCCUACCCGUGGGGAGGGGAGGGCACGAAGGCAAAAGGGGGGCGAAGGCGGGGAGAAGGAAGCACCGCAGAGACUGUUGCACAGUGUGCCCCACUUUGAAGAAGAGCGAGAGACCCUCCUUUGCAGCAGGAGGAGGAGGAGGAGGAGGCGCCGCAACAGCCGCCUCCGCCGCCGCUGGGGGGAGGAAGGCAGGAGCACCUUUUUCCGCCGCCGCCGCCGCCUCUUCUUCCUCCUUCUUCACCAGGGUGUGUGGCGUGGGGGUGGUUGCAAGAGAGAAGACAACCUCCCCCCCCAAUCCCUUCCUUCCCCAGCCCUUUUCCUGCCCGCCCGCCCUCCUUGCCUGCAGAAGAGCAGGGAGCAGGCGGGCAGGGAAAGGGGAGCUGGGGCUGGAAGGAACGGGGAAAAGGGAGUGCGCGAGAGGGGGAGAAAGAAAGGAAGGGAGAGAGAGACGCUGCGGCGAGAAGGCGGCGGCGGCGGCGAGAGCGGGAUCGCGAAGGAAGAGGACUCGACGUCGCUUCUCGCCUUGUUUGCAAACUGCGCCCUUUUUUUAUUUCUGUUUUUUUUGCACCGGGCCGGAUCCGCCCGGACUCUGCUCUCGGCUCCAUCACGUGGCUGCCCUCUGGCGAGGCAGUAGGAGACAGCAGAGCUGGCCUCUGCAACGGGAGAGGCUGGACUUCCCAUCUCUCUGUGCUGAAUGGCUACUAUGGCGCCCGCUCUCACUGACGCAGCAGCUGAAGCUCACCACAUCCGGUUCAAACUGGCUCCCCCAUCCUCCGCCCUGUCUCCUGGCAGUGCCGAAAACAACGGCAACGCCAACAACAUCCUUGUCACCACCAACGGCACCAAAAGGAAAGCUGAGGAUUCCAGCCUAGAUUUCCGAAAUAAUCCUACAAAAGAAGAGCUGGGAAAGCUGCAGCCCCUGGUGGCAUCUUACCUCUGUUCGGAUGUAACGUCUGUUCCUCCGAAAGAGUCUUUGAAACUACAGGGGGUCUUCAACAAACAGACAGUGCUUAAAUCUCACUCUCUGUUAUCUCACCCCUUCUUGAAAACUAGUGACCUGUUGGGGAGGCAGCCAGUGCUGGAGUUCUCCUUGGAAAAUCUAAAAAACAUGAGUACUAGUAGUCAGACUCCUCUGCCGCAAGCACCUGUCAAUGGCUUGGCUAAAAAAUUGGCUAAGAGUAACAGCUCUGACUAUGAAAACUCAACUUCGCUUAAUGGUGGGAAGCGUGCUCCUCCUUCUGCCACCCUCCAGGAUGUUGAUUCUAAUAGCCCUGGGGGCUCUGAUUUGGGGGACCUGAAAUUGGGUUUGACCAAUUGCACUCUUCCGCACAGAAGCCUUGAUGCAGAGCAUACAGCUCCACUUAGCAAUAAUGGCACUGCAAAUAAACAUACCCACAGUUCCCCAGAGCAGCAGCAUGGACUUGAAGGGGGUGGAGAGAACAGGUUGCUGCCAUUAGCUGGCGUGCCUGCUUGUUCUGAUUUUGGGAGCAGCAAACCAGAAGAGCAGAAGAUCUCUCUGCUAAACAAUUCCCUUAGCACUCUAGAUUCAGAUAUGAGAACAAGGGUGCUGUUGCGGCGGCAGGCAGACAUUGAGAACCGUGCUCGUAGGCUGCAAAAGCGCCUGCAGGUGGUGCAAGCCAAGCAAGUGGAGCGCCACAUCCAGCAACAGCUUGGUGGCUUCUUGGAGAAAACUCUAAGCAAAUUGCCAGCAUUGGACUCCCUGAGACACCGAAGUCAGCUGAUGCUGACCCGCAAGGCAGAAGCAGCUUUGAGAAAAGCUGCAAGUGAGACAAGUACUUCAGAAGGACUGAGCAGCUUCUUAAGAAGUGACUCCAUCUCGGAAGAACUGGAGAGGUUUACUGGCAGCGGGAUGGCUAACCUGCGAUCUUGUGAGCAAGCAUUUGACUCUGAUGUCACGGACAGCAGUUCGGGCGGGGAGUCUGAUAUUGAAGAGGAGGAAUUGACCAAAGCAGACACUGAACAGCACCAUGUACCGCUAAGGCGACGGUCAGAAUGGCAGUGGGCGGCAGACAGAGCAGCCAUUGUCAGUCACUGGAACUGGCUUCAAGCGCACGUCUCUGAUCUAGAGUACCGAAUCCGGCAGCAGACGGAUAUUUACAAGCAGAUUCGAGCCAACAAGGGCUUGAUUCUCCUGGGUGAGGCGCCUCCCUCUGACUCUGUCUUGUGGGAUUCAUCCUACACGCUGAGUGCUGACGUCAAGGUGGAGCCGGGGAUUGACAGGCUGGGCACCUGCAUCGCCCAGCCAUCAGAGAACUUUCGUACAUCCAUUGGCAAUACCCAAGAGUCCCUACCUGCCAAAACCUGUGGAGUGCCGAGACCAGUCAAUGGAGUUAUUAACACUCUGCAGCCAGGCUUAACAGAGCAUGCUCAGGGAGACGGCUCAGAUGCUGAGGAGCUGUUGCGUAAAAAGCAGAGACUAAAUGCCAUGUCCUCAGCCCCUGAUGGAACCUGUGUAGCAGCCCGCACACGCCCUGUCCUCAGCUGCAAGAAGCGGCGUCUCGUUCGGCCCAGCAGCCUAGUGCCACUCUCCAAAAAGGUUCAUCGCAAUAGCAUGGGUCGGUGCAGUUGUGAUGUGAACCCCAUGUGUGUGCUCUGUGGCACUCGGAGUUCAGUGCCUCCAGAAAUCCAGUAUGAAGCCCCUUUGAUGGAGCGUCUCUCACAGUUGGACUCCUGCAUCCACCCUGUCCUCUCAUUCUCAGAUGAUGUACCAAUGAGCUUGCAUUUCCAGAGCAUGUUGAAAUCCCAACUGCAGAGCAAGCCCUGUGAGAAAAUCAAGCCUCCCAAAAAGCUCACGUUGAAGCACCGGCCCACCAUGCCUCCCGGCAGUCUGUCUGACUCUGCGCGCAAGGACCGCCACAAGCUGGUUAAUACCUUCUUAGCUGCAGCCACUUGCUCGCAUCACAAAAUCGAGCCAGACAAGGCACACAGGCAGCCCUUAGACGAUCUAAGGGCUGCUCCCAAGGCCGAGAGAGCGCCUGAGCGCUCGCUUAUCCUGACUCCAGUUCAUGAGAGAAAGCGGUUGCGGGACAGCUCCUCCGAGAGAAGUGAAGUGUUGAAGCACCACACGGACAUGGGAGGCCCGAGCUACCUGUCAAGCGCUAUGGCCUCCACGGCCCACGGCCCCCUUGUGCGGCAGCUGUCCACGUCCUCUGAAAACUCCACCCCCCCUGCCAGCACAGGCUCCCUCGGCACCUCCUCCAGCGCGUCGCAGCAGCCAAGGAGGAGGAGAGGGGAAAGCUCUUUUGACAUUAACAACAUUGUCAUCCCUAUGUCUGUUGCUGCAACAACCCGUGUAGAAAAGCUGCAGUACAAGGAAAUCCUUACACCAAGCUGGCGCGUUGUGGACAUCGGUGCUCUGAAAGUGAACCCAGAUGAAGACAACGAAGAGAUAGAGGAUCUGUCUGAUGCAGCCUUUGCCACUCUCCAUGCCAAGUGCGAAGAAAUGGAGCGGGCGCGGUGGCUGUGGAGUACAAGUGUGCCACCUCAGCGGCGGGGCAGCAGGUCUUACCGAUCAACAGAUGGACGGACAACCCCACAGUUGGGGAACCCAUCAACCCCACAACCAGCAUCACCCGAUGUUGGGAACUGCUAUUCACAUUCUGACUUCUCCCACACCCACUCUCCGCGCAGUCCCAUCAGCCCAGACCUGUUCUCUGGCCCCCACACCCCUCUAUCCCGAGAUUCCGUGCGGCAUCUGUCCACUGAGGACACACGUUGUUCCACACCAGAAUCUGGCCUUGAUGAACAGACUGUACAGCCCUGGGAACGACGCAGCUUUCCGCUGUCCUACAACCCCAAGACAGAGUGCGAGGACCAGUUGGAUCCCCAGGACCGGUCAUCACGAUGCACACGGCGCACAUCCGGCAGCAAGCCCUCCCGAGAAACAGAUGGAGCACCCACAUCACCAACCCCUGCUUGCCUCAAGAGCCGGAACCCAGGGGCAGUGGCCACAAUUCAGCGGCCAACACACAGAUAAGAGAUGGACAGGAAGAUUAGAGCAAAAAGCAAUCCACCAAACUAACUCUUGGCAUUAAAGCUUCUGAAAUCUGCGUUUGAUAUUCAAACAUCCUGCCGGGAAUUUUCACAGUUUUUAGUGAAUUUAAGGAGUUUAGAAACUGUUUUAUUUUUUUUUCCUUUCUUUCCAUGUUUCCUUGUCACGCACACCUUCUCCAGUGCUGUGUGGUCUGAUGAGAGCAAACUUUUCUCCCUUUCCUAUGCUUUGGUGUACACUUCUCAACCAGAAGAGUGAAACUGACUAACUGACCCAGGAAUUAGUUCUCUGGUGAAAGGGUACUUUUACCUUCUAUUUACUCCCUCCUCCCCCCCCCCUUUUUUUUUUUUUUUUGCUGUUCAAUGUCUGUUCUCCUCACCUACCACCAUCACCGUGCCCUCUCCCUCCCCGAAGAUUCUAGUGGAUUGAAAUUAGUGGUGAAAAGUGAUGUCUUCUGAAUACAGCUUCCCUCACUAUCUGUUCUGCUCAUGGGCCCUACUGGCACUAGAAAGCACUUGCAAUGCAAAACCCUCUAUCACUUGUUAUCCUAAGGGAUGGCUUCCCGUUUGUGAGCUCCAAGGAGCUCUUCCACUCCACUCACUCACUUCGCCUUGUACUGCAUUAUUUUUUUCUGCUGUCCAUGACUGCUUUUGAAUUGACCUCUCCAUGAUAAAGAGGAAGUGUUCUUAUUUGUGCUAGAAAAGGCAAUUUCCCAUCAGCACCCUAGGUAUGAUUUUGGAGCAGUUCCACUCAGAUCAUAUGGUGUUGUUUAGGAUUAUUAUUGUUUUUACUAGCAAGUUAAGAGUGGGGAGAGGGCUCUCUGUCUGCCCAGCAUUUCAAAACGAAUUUUCCAUGAUAGAACACUUAGACUUCCUUUUCUAAAUGUGAUUUGUAAUUCUCUUUCCUUUACCUGCUAUUAAUAAUUAACACUUCUGUGUUCCUUUCUUAAGUUUGCACUCUGCCCAUUAGUUUGAAAGUUGCAAUCUGCUGCUAGAUUGCAAUAUAGUAGUGUUGAGCCUUAAGUACUGGGAGAAAUGUCACAGGAUACAACUACUUGCCACCCAAGAUCCACAAGCCAUAUUUUAAUGAGGAUGGUAUGUCACUGUUCUUGUUUCUUUUCUUCCACACUCUAUAAAAAUUAUGUAGUGUUAUGCAUUGCUUGAGAUUGCAUCUUACAUUAAGGUAUGUUUGAGUACCUAGAAAAAUAGGACUUUGUUUUUCACCACUGUUUUAACUCCCCUUACACACAAAACUUAUUUGAAAGCAAACUUCUGUCAAAUUUCUUUCCUUCUUCUGAGAACUUCUUGGGCUGACUAUCACCAAAGCUCAAUAGGUUUGGAUUUAUUUUAAUUUUAAAAGGCCACUGCCAUCACCUCCCAUCCUGCGUGACAACCAGAUUCUGCACACCGAUCCAUCUGUAAUGUUUUUCUGACCCUAGCGGUGUGGCUGUUGGUCCCUGUCCUGUUGUUAGCAUUGCGCCUGUCUUCUGUAUUAAUCACAUCACCAAAAAGGAAAAAAAUACAUUUUUUCUCAUUUUGUAAUUGUAACGAAAUAGUAGCUAAACUGCUUAAUGGUUGGGGUUUUUUCACAAUUUUCAACAUUACCUAAUAUUUUUGGUUCUGUUCUAGUUUAAUUUCUUUUAAAAAGAGGAAAAACCCAAUGCUACCAUAUCCCUCUGCAUUAAGUGCUUUUCUAUUUAUAAGGUUGAAAAUUCUGAAUAACCCUUUUAGCGUUAUAAAGGAAAAAUCUACAAAAAAUCCCACCUUGUAUUUUGUAAAUAUUUCUUUUCCUGCUUCAAGCUGUGUAAUGUCCUUGUUAUAUAGAAAUGCUUUUCUUCAGAGAAGCUGAUCUUUGUUUAAUGUCUUGAUUCUGUUGGCCAAAGCACAAAUGUGUGCUUAUAAAAAAAAAAAGAUUAAAAAAAUUAAAAAGUUA